AUGGAUGCGACCUCGGCUCCUCACCGUAUCCCUGCAGAGAUGCCCCAGUACGGGGAGGCGAACAACAUCUUCGAGUUGAUGCAGAGCAUGCUGGAGCAGCUCCUGAUCCACCAGCCCCAGGACCCCAUUCCCUUCAUGAUCGAGCACCUGCAUCGGGACAACGAUCGCGUGCCGAAGAUCAUAAUAUUAGGUCCACCUGCCUCGGGGAAAACAACUAUCGCCAUGUGGCUCUGCAAGCAUCUCAGCACGAACCUCCUCACCAGGGGGAGCCUGCUAGGGAGAGAGCUGUCCCCCGUGGCUGCUGAGGCCAGGAAGCACUACCAGAAGUUCAAGAAAGUCCCCGACUCACUGCUCAUCCAACUGGUGGAGGAGCGCCUGCGGGAAGAGGACUGCAUCAGGAGGGGCUGGAUCCUGGACGGCAUUCCUGAGACUCGGGAACAGGUGCUGAUGAUGCAGACGCUGGGGUUCGCCCCCAGGCAUGUCAUUGUGCUGAAUGCACCGGACUCUGUCCUGAUCGAGAGAAACCUGGGAAAGAGGAUCGACCCUGUGACCAGAGAGAUCUACCACACCACCUUUGACUGGCCACCUGAGUCCGAAGUCCAGAACCGUCUGGUGGAGCCGGAGGGCAUCUCAGAAGUGGAGACAGCUCGGAAACUGCUGAACUAUCACAGGAACAUCAUCCGGAUCCUUCCUGCCUACCCCAAAGUCCUGAAAGCCAUCAGCGCUGACCAGCCCUGUGUAGAUGUCUUUUACCAGGCUCUGACCUACGUGCAGACCAGCCACCGCUCCAAUGCUCCGUUCACCCCAAGGGUGCUGCUGUUCGGCCCCACAGGCAGCGGCAAGAGCCUACAGGCCGCCCUCCUGGCCCAGAAGUACGGGCUUGUCAACAUCUGCUGCGGGCAGCUGAUAAAGGAGGCCGUGGAGGACGAGUCCAAGUUGGGAGAGCUCAUCUUGUCCUUCUUUAAAAAGGGGUUGACAGUCCCUGACAACGUGGUCCUGAAGGUGCUGAAGGAGCGCAUGGACCAGCCCGACUGCGUGCAAAGAGGCUGGGUGCUACACGGUUUCCCACAAGACCUGGACCAGGCCCACAUGCUGGCCAGCCUGGGCUACAGCCCCAACAGGGUGUUUUUCCUGAAUGUGCCCAUGGAUUCCAUCCUCGAGCGCCUGACACUGAAAAGGGUGGACCCGGUCACCGGGGAGAGGUACCACCUCAUGUACAAGCCACCUCCCACCCUGGAGAUCCAGGCCCGCCUCCUGCAAAACCAGAAGGAUUCUGAAGAGCAGGUGAAGCUGAAGACCGACCUGUUCUACAGGAACUCCGCAGAGCUGGAGCAGUUCUACAAGCAGGCCAUCAUGAUCAACGGGGACCAGGACCCGUACACAGUCUUCGAGUACAUAGAGAGCGGAAUCAUCAACCCCUUGCCCAAGAAAAUGUUCUGAUGGGCAGAGGACGUGGCAAGCUUUGGAGAACAGAGCUCAUUCUCUGCCCCAGCCUCCCAGAA